UGCCGCUUGGCCGAACCGAAUCGAAUCGAAUCGAAUCGCUCGACCGUGUAUCGCAUUGGACAUAUUGCACAACUGUUUGUCGCACAGAGCAGCAGAGCAGCAGACGACCAUGAAUCUCCGAUAUAUUUGCACUCUUUCGCUGGUUCCCACGCUGUGCGUGCUCCUGGUGCUGCUGCUGGAGUUCGUGGAGGAGGGCCUGGCCCAGAACCCGGACCCGCUCUUCGAGCUGCCCGUCCAACUGGUCGGCUUCCCGGUAAUCGUCCUCUCCGUCCGCCUCUCGCAGUUCGCCAGGAAGCUGGCCUACUCCCUGAGUCCAAGCACCUACAGGUCGCGCAGCAGACGGGACACCGCCCACCCGCUGGCCCUGGACGCCGAGCUGGCCCAAAAGCAGAUCCUGAGCGCGUUCGGGCCACGGGCCUGCAUCCUGGAGGAGCCGUGCCGCGUGCACGCGUCACGUGCUGCGGGCAGCGACCGCCGUGCGCCCGGCGACGGCAGGGCCAAGCCGCAUGCCGCCUGGUCGGAGGUCUUGAGCAACUACAAAGUGCAAUCGAGCAACGACGGCGGAAUGAAACAAUGGUAUCUACUGUCGCUGUUCAUCGGGGAUGCGGUCCGGGAUGUGCCGCUGUGCAAGCACCUGGCCAAGCGGAUGCCCUGUCCGGGCGUGGGACCCCUGCCGCCGCCGCAGCCACGCUGAGGAGCCAACCAGCCAUCCAUCCAUCCAUCCAUCCGUCCGUCUCCACAUGAAGCUCUGGGCGGAGCUGCCGGGAGACUGGAGGCUGAGUGUCCGUGGAGCCCGUAGUCAGUCACUCUGGACAUCUUUGUUAUAGCCCCUACCCCCACAUCCGCACAUCCAAUGCACAUAUCUAUGCUCUUUGUCCUUCCUUCAUUUCAGUCGCUUUUAAGGGUUUUAAUUUAAAUGAACGUCCGCCAACAGGCGGCAUGUGUAGGCGCUUAGAUUUACGAGUAAGCAAAUAAAUCAACAAA